AUGGAGGAGAAAGUUAAAUAUUGCAUAAAUCAGAAUGUUAAACGGCAGCCAAUCAUUAUCGACACAGACGGUGAUAUUGACGAUUUAUGGGCAAUUCACUAUUUACUUAAUGUACCAACGAUUGAGAUUCUUGCAAUAACAACUGUAGGUGAUGGAUAUACCAAACCUUUGUAUUCGGGAUCCAAUGUUCUUACCUUUCUCGAUCUGAUUGGAUGUUCAAGUGGUGUUGGAGUAGGCUAUGGAAAAAAAAAUCCAUUACUGGCGUCUGAUUUCAAAGUCCCAGAUGCGUUAUUGAAUCAACUCGACACAUAUAUAACGUCACCCACUUGUCUCAAUCAGACAGUAAAUAUUUUUCUCCAGCCAUCUCCAUUUGGUGCUAUUGAACUCAUUAAACUAACAUUGAAAUAUUCAAAAAUCCCAGUUGAUAUUUUAGUUCUUGGACCUAUGACAAAUAUUGCUACAGCGAUCAGUGAAGACCGAUCAAUUAUACCAAAAAUUCGCGCACUUUAUAUGUCUGGUGGUCAAUUCAAACCUGUAACUUCAUUUUCGUCUCUUGUACCAAAUUUGACUUUGCUCAACUAUCCAAAUAGCAACGAUGCACCGGACAGUAGUCCAAAUUCUUAUUUGGUUUGA